AUGAAGGCAGUUCUUCAAAGGGUGUUUUCAAGCUCUGUCUCUGUCAAUGAACAGGUUGUCUCUACCAUUGGCAAAGGUAUUCUCGUGCUCGCGGCCAUUGGACCCGAUGACUCGAAGAAAGACGUUGAAUCUAUGGCUUCCAAAGUUCUCAAGAUGAAGUUGUGGCCAGAUGACAACGAAUUGAACUGGAAGAAAAGCGUGCGAGAUAUCGAGGGUGAAAUCCUGUGUGUCUCGCAGUUCACCUUGUAUGCCUCGACAAAGAAAGGUAACAAGCCAGACUUCCAUGGAGCAGCCAAGCCAGAGGUUGCAAAGGAACUAUAUGACCAUUUUCUCGCUUCCAUUCGCGCACAGUAUCUUCCCGAGAGGGUGAAGGAUGGUGUUUUUCAAGCUAUGAUGCAAGUUAGUCUUGUGAACGAUGGACCAGUAUGUUCAUGGAGAGCAAACUCCCUCUCUGCUUCCUCAGGUCACGCUUCAGAUGGACACAAACCCGCCAAAGAAGAUCUCCUCGAGUAG